GCUGCUGAUUAGAAAAGAAGAUUUUAUUCGUUUAGCAAAUGUUCAGCGAGACACACUAAAUAUUAAAUAUUUUCUAGACAUAUUUAUUUAUACGCAUCUACAUACCUCAAGUUGUUAUCAUCGUUGUUGUAUUUAAUUUUUUUUUUUUUAAAAAGAAAUUAUGGCAUUUUUUAACAGACUCGCUGUACGCUCAGUGCAUCAACUGACCAGCAGCAAUUGCAGAUAUGUAUCCACAUCGCAUGUUACGCCUGGCGGACCUUCGUUUGGUUUAACGGAGGAACAGAAGCAAAUGCAAGAGAUGGCACGGAAAUUUUCCAGAGAAGAAGUUCUGCCCGUGGCUGCACAUCACGAUAAAACAGGCGAAUAUCCAUGGGACAUUGUGAAGAAAGCUUGGGCUUUGGGUCUCAUGAAUAAUCACAUUCCGCAAGAAUUCGGUGGCUUAGGUUUAGAUGUUUACACUAGUUGUCUAAUUGCCGAAGAACUAGCAUACGCUUGUACCGGCAUUAUGACCGCUUUGGAAGCAAGCUCUUUAGGGCAAACACCAAUUAUACUAUCGGCUAAUAAAGAGCAGAAAAAGAAGUACUUGGGUCGCCUCCUGGAGGAGCCUUUAGUAGCCGCGUAUUGUGUAACCGAACCAAUUGCUGGGUCCGAUGUCGCAGGCAUUAGAACACGCGCCGAAAAGAAAGGCGACGAAUAUAUUAUCAACGGACAGAAAAUGUGGAUUACGAAUGGCGGUGUCGCGAAUUGGUAUUUUGUUUUGGCUCGCACAAACCCCGAUCCGAAGGCUCCGGCUAGUAAGGCCUUCACAGGUUUCAUUGUGGAACGCGAGACCCCUGGUCUGACUCCGGGUCGAAAGGAAAUCAAUAUGGGUCAAAGAGCUUCCGAUACUCGUGGCAUUACGUUCGAAGAUGUGAGAGUACCUAAGGAAAAUGUCCUAAUUGGCGAAGGUGCUGGAUUUAAAAUUGCGAUGGGCACGUUCGAUAAAACUCGUCCACCAGUAGCUGCUGGAGCCGUUGGCCUAGCGCAGCGUUGCAUGGACGAGGCGUUAAAAUAUUCAUUGGAUCGGAAGACUUUUGGCGUUCCAAUAGCUUACCAUCAAGCUGUACAAUUCAUGCUGGCCGACAUGGCAGUUGGUGUGGAAACAUCGCGCUUAGCUUAUCGAUUAGCUGCUUGGGAAAUUGAUCAGGGCCGUCGCAACAGUUAUUACGCCUCAAUUGCCAAAUGCCAUGCGGCCGAUAUGGCCAACAAAGUCGCAUCCGAUGCUGUGCAAAUCUUUGGUGGCAACGGUUUCAACAGCGACUAUCCAGUAGAAAAAUUAAUGCGUGACGCGAAAAUCUACCAAAUCUAUGAGGGAACAUCACAAAUUCAACGCCUUAUAAUAUCGAGAAAUAUGUUUGAAGCCGCCAAAGCAUCAUCAAGUUAAUUUUCUGUUUUCUAUUGUUUUUUUUUUUUUUUUGUUUUUUCUUUCCUAUGCACUCUACCACACUUAUAAAAUUGCAAUUACAUGCGUUGUAAAAAAAUUAUACGGUUGAUUAAGAAAAAGUCAAUAAAUGCAAGUUUCGGUUAUUUGGAUUGUGACGAA